GCUGGCCUCAGCGGCCCCCACCUCUGGGAGCAGCGCCCCCGCACCCUUCCGGCCCGGGGCUGCAGUACCGUCCCCGGCCGGCAGAGGCGCUGCGGGGCGGCGCCAGCGCGUUCCCACAGGUCGCGGCGGAGGCUGCGCCCCCUCCCCUGCCCGCUUCCUGGUCCUCGGGGUGUGAGGGCCGCAGCCUGGGACUCCAGACCCAGGGGCUGCGGGUGUCCUCGGCGGCCGCCUCAGCGUCCGCGGCGACGUCACGGUCCUCGCGGCCUCGCAGCCAGCGCUCGGGCCGGCCGCCUAAUGCCCGUGGACGCGCAUCUCCUCCCCGAGUUCCUGCUUCCCGGGCCAGCCAAAGCCGCAGAAUGUUUGGCAGACUCUUUCAUGACGCAGGAACCCUGAAGGAUCAUCUCACCUAUGGGCAAGUUCAGCAGAUAUAUCUUUGCGGCACCUACAUGUCCAGUUCAUCAAGCAGUCCAGGUGGGUACUGUGAUGUGUAUCUGCACUACUGGUUGAGGUGCUGAGGAUGGAGAAGUUGGGAGCCCUGGCCUGAAGAACCCCAGUACCCCUGGAGGAUGUUCCAGAGCACAUGAACAUGAAGCUCACCUGCCCAGGGGGUGGAAAGAAGGGAAAGGAUAUCAUCUUCCUAGAGUGUGACGCCCCACUCAGGACAUUUAUCCACAGUUCUGCUGAGGUCCCCACUGUGCUGGCUGUGGAACCGAGACCUGCCCCCUGCAUAGCCCUAAUCUCCACCCCUCCAUGGCCCUAAGCCCCAUUGUUCCUGCCCAUGGUUCCUCCCUGCUUCAGUUCAGUACAUUCUGCUCAACCAGUAGAUACAUUUCUGGAGCAUGACCUUCGUCCUAACUCCCGCCCCCAGAACUUUCUGUUUCUUCCUCUGCAUUUCACCUUCACUCUGGCCAGCCUGAAUGAAGUUCUGCAGGCUGAACUGAAAAUGUCGAAGACUUCGGGUACAUGGUGAGUUCACUUUGCGUGGGGUCUCCGCUGACAAACGUGCUCAUGAUGCCUGUCUGUGGUCGCCCUGUUUAGUUAGGACUGUGAGGUUUCUCAUGGUGCUCUCUUGGUGCAUGGUUCAAAGCGUUCAUAAAAUUCCAGAACAACGUCUGGUCAUGGCGCUGUGAGGCUGGAAGGCCUGGACCCUACUUCUUCUCUCUGAGGCUUUUGCUCUGUGCAGGUUACCCGCAUAUUUGAGCAUCUGCUUCUGGUGAAUGAUGGAAAGUAUUUGUGCAGGACAGUCCUCAGGUCGUAGGUAUUAAAGGUUAGCAGUUUACUCUUAGAAUCGAGAUUCACUUUGGGUUACAUCUUGGAAUCUGUUGGAGCCAUCAAUCUUUGUUUGCUUUUUCCCCUCAGGGCACCCCCUUUUUCUGUCCCAUUUCCUAUUAUCGUGGAGUCUAUGUAGUGCUGUCUGUGACCUGCCUCUGAUCUCACUGGAGUGUG